UUUUUUUUUUUUUUUUCUUCCCCAUUUCAGAGAGAAGAUAUAAACCCGGAAGUUUUCCCCGGUUGCUUGCAAACGGGGAGCGAUGGAAGACUCUCAUUUUAAUUCUUCGUAUUUCUGGUCUCCGGUCUCCACAGGGCAGAUUGAGAACGCUGUGUUUAUCAAUAAGAUGAAGGAUCAGCUUGUCUCAGUAGACAAGGCUGGCAGCUUCGCUCCCCCCAGCGGCGCCUCUCACUACCCCACCACCGUGCUCACCAUGCCAGGCUCCGCUGUUACUAUGGAGACGGGCCGAGGGGGGGGGAAACCUCAGGAGUCUGGGGGGCACCUCCACCCCCCCCACACAUCGCAACAGAACAUCACUGUGGUCCCAGUACCAUCCACUGGGAUUAUGACUGCUGCUGAUUACCCAGAAUACAUCACUUCCCCUGCCGUGCAGUGCCUGUCCGCACGAGUACACAAUACAACUGUACAGUACUACACAACCACAGGUCUUGUGAUCACCACUCCCCAGGGAACGCUUGUCUCCUCCGCCCCGCCAGGCUCAGUAGCCGGUCAGUCCUUCUCAGUGUCCGGAGUCACUGGUCAUCCUUCAGCUGCCACCAUGAUAGUGUCCACGCUGCACCCUUCUCCUGGCACAGCGCCACCUGCAGACGAGAAGCCCAACCCAUCCCCAUCCUCCUCGCAGCUUCCCCCUCACCCCUCUCCCUCCUCCUCUCACACCCACCCAGUGUCCUCUGCCCUCCACACCCCGGGCAAACGCGGGCGCAAGAAGAAGCAGCCAGGAGGGGGCGGAAUCAACAGAGCCGUCAUGACAGCACACUCCGCCAUCACCGGCGGCAACCAGGCCAUGAUACUGGCACACUUAGCAGCAGGGGUGCAGCACCACAGCUCUGACCCCUAUGACCUUGGCAAUGAAGAUGAAGAGACAAUCACAGAGAAGGACGGCAGUAGGUCCUAUCGCUGUCGGAUGUGUGCUAUGACUUUCUUUUCCAAGUCUGAGAUGCAGCUCCAUUCUAAAACUCACACUGAGAACAAGCCCCACAAGUGCCUGCACUGUUCCAAGACCUUCGCCAACUCCAGCUACCUGGCACAGCACAUCCGGAUCCACUCGGGAGCCAAGCCUUACACCUGCUCCUACUGCCAGAAGGCAUUCAGGCAGCUGUCCCAUCUGCAACAGCACACCAGAAUCCACACUGGAGAUAGACCGUAUAAAUGUGCACAUCCCGGCUGUGAGAAAGCCUUCACCCAGCUCUCAAACUUGCAGUCCCACAGAAGGCAGCACAAUAAAGAUAAGCCCUACAAGUGUCAUCACUGCCACCGCGCGUACACCGACUCUGCCUCGCUGGAGGUGCAUCUCAGCACUCACACGGUUAAACAUGCUAAGGUGUACUCUUGCGGCAUGUGCAACCGCGUCUACACCUCGGAAACGUACCUGAUGAAACACAUGCGGAAGCACAACCCUGAUCCCAGUAACCCAGUGCAGCAAAACCAGUCUGCCCAGUCCAACAGCUCCCAGCAGCAGCAAGGUUCUCAGAACCAACCCCACUACACAAACCAGUCUGAGCCCAUCCCAGGCCAGUGCCCUUUCGACCUGCACCAGUACAAACCAGUAUCGUCCGCUGAGCUGCAGUACAAACCAGUACAGAACCAGACAGACCACCAACAACAUAAAGACCUGUGUCUGACUGUUUCCACCUCUGCUAUCCAAGUGGUGGAGCAUUUGAAUUCAUAGACAUGGGAGAGAGAAUGGAGAUUGACAGGGAGAGGGGAGUGGAGUAAGGGUGAAAGGAGGGGGGAAGAGUGGGUAUGGCAAGGAACGCAAAGACUUCCACACAAAAUCAUGAUUUUAAAACACAUAUGGCUUAAAAUGCCAUUGAAACAUAUUUGUAAUCAUUCUCUUUGUUUGCAGCCAUUAUGGAUGGUUCCAGUAGGUGUGCUCUAAUAUUAAGAUAUUUUAUCAUUAGUCUAUUAGAUAACAAAAUAGAUUUUAAAAUGUCAAUGUCACAGCAACAUAAUUGGGAGAUUCAUAAUGAGUGCAGACAUGCUGAGCGUUAAGUGAGGGGCCUCACAGCACACUAUACAGCAGACUGGCUGGGCAGAGGCAUGGUAUUGGUUUGAAAGGGUUUGUGAGUUGGCAUUUAAUGAUUUACACUCCCACUGAUCUCUUUCAUUGUUAUUAGCUGUAUAUAAUAUUAGUUACAUAUUAUAACCUCAUCACUCUCUCUCUCCUCUCUCUCUCUCAUCCACAGGGGGUGCAGUUUUAUGUGUAAUAACUUGUAACCCCAUUGUAUAUUAUUUGUAUAACCUGCUUAUACAAAAGUGCUGAGAGGACUGUCUAAUAUGUAGAUACCUAUUGAUUACAGUAUCUGUGUGUGUGUAUGUAUGUAUGUGUAGAUAGAUAGAUAGAGAGAUAGAUAUAGAGAUACACAUACACAC